CUCCACUCUGAUGACACUUUUCCUUUCUAAUAAUAGAGCAGAUGAAGUAAUAUUGCAAUUGAUGUUCCUGGGGAUUUGAUUGGAUAAGUGCAUAAACUGUGGAGGUAGAAGGGGGUUGCAUGGACGGAUCACAUUAGUAUUCCCGUCCUAUCAAUGUGCGGGGCCGCGGACAACGUCAGCCGGACCGAUUCCCUGCGUCUGCCAGUCCCGCCACGGAUUCAUCUGGGAUCCUCAAACAGACGAGCCCGUAACGACGAGGGAUCAAGGCAGCCCAUCAGAGCCAAUUGCCUGCUUCGGGGACUGCCAGCCUUCCAGGUCUGGUGACGGGGGAGGGAGGGGAAAGACAAACGAGCGCUGCUGCGGGAAGACACUGAGGCAAGAGCGACACUCGCCCCCCACCCCCCACCCCCCUUGCAGCAGAGGCUUUGAAAGCUGCUCCCCCAUCUGAAUGGAAACUCGGAACCACCGGGCGGCGCGUUCCUUCUCACCCAGCCUUGCAAUCCAUGCCGAGGGGAAGGCGGCGCGAGCCCGCACCAGCUUCCAGCUCCUGGGACAGGGCCGGCAAUGCUGCUGAGCAGAACUUGACCGAGCCCCCUCCUCGCUGCUAGUGGAAGAGAUGCUGCACGGCACAGCCAGCGCUUCCCCGGCUCUCCUUCAAGCUGAAGGUUACCCGCCCUCGCAGCCAGCCCCAACCCUGUGAGCGCCGCGCCUCCGGUCCCGGCUCCUGCUGCUUAGCGGCGGCGCGCAGGGUAACCACCGGGCCGCCCGCGCCGGGGCGCACUGCACCAGCGGCUUCGGCUUGGUGGAUGUGUAUGCAUGAGUUCUGCACCGAAUGGGCGCAAAAAGCGCCCCAGCCGGUCCACCCGCUCUUCGAUCUUCCAGAUCAGCAAGCCCCCGCUGCAGAGCGGGGAUUGGGAGCGCCGGGGCAGCGGCUCCGAGAGCGCCCACAAAACCCAGCGAGCCCUGGACGACUGCAAGAUGCUUGUCCAAGAGUUCAACACGCAAGUGGCCCUGUACCGAGAGUUGGUCAUUUCUAUUGGGGACGUCUCGGUCAGCUGCCCCUCGCUCCGGGCAGAAAUGCACAAGACAAGAACCAAAGGCUGUGAAAUGGCCCGACAGGCACACCAAAAACUCGCUGCCAUCUCAGGCCCCGAAGAUGGUGAGAUUCAUCCAGAAAUCUGCAGGCUUUACAUCCAGCUGCAGUGCUGCUUAGAAAUGUACGCCACAGAGAUGCUAAAAUCCAUAUGUCUGCUGGGAUCUCUUCAGUUUCAUCGAAAAGGAAAGGAGCCUGGAGGGGGAACCAAGAGUUUGGAUUGCAAAAUUGAGGCAAGCGCUGAAACACCUGCUCUAGAGGACUCCUCAACAUCCCCCGUAGACAUUCAGCAACAUUCCUGGCAGGUUUCCACAGACAUUGAGAACAGUGAAAGAGACAUGCGAGAAAUGAAAAACCUUUUAAGCAAACUCAGGGAAACUAUGCCUUUACCAUUGAAAAAUCAAGAUGACAGCAGCCUUCUAAAUCUGACUCCCUACCCACUGGGUAGAAGACGGAAGAGAAGGUUCUUUGGGCUGUGUUGUCUCGUCUCAAGCUAGGCGAUUCCUCCUGGAAACCCACCAUUGGGAAGACCUGAAAAUAUCACAGAACCCAAGGACCUCCGGUCAGCCGCACCACAGUUAUUGGGUUUUGACUAUGUUUUCUAUGCUUCCUUAUUGCUUUGAUCCGCCUCCCCUGCCCUCUUAAAUGAUUUUACAUUUGAAAGCAGCUGCUGUCAAGAAAAAAAAAAAGAUUCAAAAAGCAGGCUGUUUUUAAAAAUAUUUUUAAAGCUGACAUUGUGCAUGUCUGCUCCAAACCAUACCAUGACAGAAGCAAGAAUUAUGAUUUUUAAAUUACUUAGAGGUUUUUUUUAAAUGAAUUAUACGGAGAAAAAUUAUUUCAUGUAUGAUAGUAUAUCUAUAGCUCUUGCUGAUCUCAUGUUAACAAUUUAUCAUAUAUGAAAUAAGUCUUUAAACAUAGAAACCUAUUUAAAACUGCAAAACUGUGUUCAAAAAUCCAAUCUAUCAAUAUCAUUAGAAAUAAUAUUAUAAUCAAUCAUAUACCACUUCACCUAUUGCUUUCUCUGCACUCAUUUACAUUUAGUCUUCCAUUCUGUCAGAAUCUAAGAGCUUCAACAUAAGAAUAUCUUAAUUUAUAAUGCAACAAAACCAUAUAUGAAAAGUAUUUAAAUUUUGUAAAUACACAAUAACCCUAAUACCUUCGUACCAUGCAUAUGGGCAACUAAUUUCCUUUUGAUCCAAUGUUGUCUUUUUCAGCUUCUUGAAGAGUGAAGUAAUCCAGUUAGGAAAUGGUGUAGUACCAUAUCCAAUUACCCUCAAAUGUAAAAUUGAAUAUUCUCACAUUUUGUUCUAAUUGAAAUCUGAAGCAUGAUGUCUGCACAUCAGCGUAGUGUUAAAUCUUAUAGGGCAUGCUGGAAUUAGCUCAGAUCGUAAAAAUAUUUAACAUUUUACAUUGUUAAUAAAAUCUUUUUAGUUAAGCUAAGCUUGUCUCAUUUUAGAUGACUAUGCAGAUAUGACUUUUCCAAUGUGUACUUGGUGUCUUGUCUUAUGCUUAGAAUCUUGACAGCAGGACACAUAAGCAAUACUAUAUUUUAGAAAGGAGGAAACCACACGCUUCGUUUUUUGGCUCACAGAUUUGUUGUGAUCUUCCUCCACUAAACUUGUAACAUGGUACAAAUUUUGUUAUAUUUUCCCUUGUUCUUCCUUUGGCCCAUUUCCCAGACAGAAUUUCCCAUGGGGUGAGAAAUCAGACCUUUGGACUUCUCUUGUUUUCCAUAAACUGAAAAAUCCUAAAGUCAGACAUGAGGCGCAACUAUCUAGGACAAUAAAAGGAUGAGGUAGACGCCUAUAAGUGGUUUAUCCAGGAUGCAUCUUUAGUCCCAACCCCAUAGUUUCUCAGUACUUAUAUGCACAGGCAUUUAUAUGCCCACCAAUGUUUUGACCUAAAAAGUAAAUAUGUUAAAGCUUUUAGCUUUAGUGAAGAUGAAGAGAGGUAGAAAUGAACUACCAGAAUAAUUAUUGUAUUAGGUUGAAUUAUAUGAAAUUGCUGAUAUUUGACUGUUUUGACCUACAAAAAUGACAAUUUCAUAUAGUUCAACCUAAUAUCUGAUGUUUGUGGAAAUUAUACUUGCAAUUGUCUUCUGGCUUUUUUGAUUGAAAGUGAAGGACUAAAGGGUUGGAAGAGAUCUCAAAAGGCUAUGCAGGUCUCUAUUUACAUUAUACCAGCUGGUUUUUAGCCUUAUUCUUGGAGUCCAGAGUUGUGUUCCAAUGAACUGGUAAUUAACUAAUGCAUGGUUAUAGGGAUGCUUGACUUUUAUAAGAAGUACCCUUGAAAGUUUAUGAAAAAAAAUCACAAUUUUCUAAAUCAAAUAUUUGUAAAAACAGUUUGUGGGAAUAUGCUAUUUAAAGACACCUAGGGUAAAUAUUCCCUUGCAAGGCAGGUAACCACUUCCAGAUUUACCUGGUCUGCAAACCCUGAUUUUUGUAAAUCAGGUUUGAUUAAAGCUUAAUAUCCUUUCCUGAAUGUGGUUCAUUUUCAUCCCCUGAGGUUAAAUCACUUCAGGUUCAUUGUUUUAGAAAUUAUAAAGCAGCCCAAUUUGGCACGCUCUCAGCUCCUGUCUCUGCCCUCUCCCACCCUUCCACUAUAUUGAACCCUUAGCUUCAAAUUAGUUCCUACUAAUCCAUGCAAAGUUAUGAACUGAUAAGCCCAACCUUGGUGUUCAGCACGUUAUUCUUAAUGCCUGAGCUAAAUCACUUCUGCUUGGUUAAUUUGUGCUCACUCUCGCCUUAGUCUCAGUGUGAAAGUAACACUUACCUUCUGUGCAAUUGUCCUUUGUACAACUGAAGACUGUUAAUAAAUUCAGGUCUCACCUCCGUGUCUGGGAGGGCUAUAGUAGCUAUCCAUGGAGAUGGGAAUUUGUCUAAUUCCCUUGCUGGGCUUUCCAUAGCUAAGGUAAAUAAAUGCAGCCACCUUAUCUUUUAUUCAUAGUGCCUGUUUCCCAGCCUUUGAUCAGUUUUGUAGUUCCUGUGGACACACUCCAAGAUUUAUAGAUCUUCUUUCACUAGCAGGUCCUAAAGUUAAAUUUAGUGCUCAAAGUCUAAUAACCUACACUGGCUCAUGGUUGCAAUAGGUAAUUCACCGUCUCCCAUUUGAUAUGCCAAUGCAUCUCUUUAGGAGCUGACCCCACCCUCCUCUCACCUACCAAAGGACUUUCUCAGGUGUAGUUCCAUGGCAUUUGGUUCUACUGUCUUGGCUUCCUGCUGGUAGUUUGCUUUCAGAUUAGCAAUAACCCUGAGGUGA